AUGGCGCGCCUGCUCGCCGUGGCCGUCGUGGCCCUCUCCGCCGCUGUCGCUGAGGCCAAGGUCAACGCGACGAUCCCCAUCACCGAGACGGUGACUAUCGACGGCGCGCAGAUCUUCGGGAGCAGCGCCGGGCACUCUUCUCUGGGCCAGUGCUCGCAGUUCGCGCGCGACACCGUCAACGACCCCGCGCGGCCCAGCAUCGAGGUCUGCGGCACCUCGACUAAGGUCGUCGUGUUCCUGCGCAACCGCUGCAAGGACUACUUCACGUACUCCCACGAGAUCGGCACCUGCAACACUGGGGCGCCCUCGUCGCCGCCCUGGCCCGGUGUCGGCCGCGAGGACGCGCGGAGGAGUUACUACAUCCUGACCCUCGUUAAGGGCAGCCUGCCACGUGCAGGCUACACAGUCCUCUUCGCUACGGAAGAGUUUCUCAAGAUGCACAAGCGUCGCAGCAGGAGCAGCUACCGCCGCGAGGCGUCGUCCUCCUGCGUGACCGGGGCGCCGUCCACCGUGGCGUGGAUGCAGACUGCGCAGAGCUACCGGAUCGAGACGUGCUAA